AUGCCACCCCACGCAUCACCCUCCGACAUCCCCACCCCCCAAACGGCCUUCAAAGCAUCUUCCCAUGCAUCUGAUGGAAAAACUCACAUCCUACUCGCAGCAACUGGUUCGGUAGCCUCCAUCAAAAUCCCACUAAUCCUUUCCGCCCUUUCCAAAUACUCAAACAUCUCCAUCCGCCUUGUCUUCACAACAUCAUCUCUACUAUUCAUCCCACCCCUCGUCGAACUAUUAAACAUCCCAAACGUAGAUGGAAUCCAUCUAGACCAUCAUGAAUGGCCUAGAGGACUAUCUUCAAACCCUGCCGAAACUCUAGAUCGCACGGCUCAAGAAAUUGAUCAAGAAACAGCCAUAUGGGCCAAAAUCGGUGAUCCGAUUCUUCACAUCGAACUCAGAAGAUGGGCGGAUAUAUUACUUAUCGCACCGUUAUCCGCAAAUAGUCUGGCAAAGAUCGUGGGCGGGUUUAGUGAUAACUUGCUUUUAUCGGUUGUUAGAGCAUGGGAUACGAAUAAACCGAUUGCAGUGGCGCCUGCUAUGAAUACUCUUAUGUGGGAACAUCCGGUCACGACUAGUCAGAUUAAGGUGCUAGAAACGGAAUGGAGUUGGUUUAGGGUGCUGAGGCCGGUGGAGAAGUUGUUGGCUUGUGGGGAUAGUGGGAGUGGGGCUAUGAAGGAGUGGAGUACUAUUGUUUCAUGGGUAGUGGAGGAGAUGAAGUUGAAGCUGGAGGGAGGGGAGGUGGAGAAUAGUUGA